AUGAGCGGGCGGUCGUACUGCACGGUGUAUGUGGGCAACCUGCCCGGCGACACGCGCGAGAGCGAAGUAGAGGACCUUUUCGCCAAGGUGCGGGGACUUCGGUACGGCAAGAUCCUCGACAUUGAGCUCAAGCUCCCGCCUCGGCCCCCCGGCUUCGCGUUCGUGGAGUUCGCGGACCCAAGGGACGGGGAGGACGCCGUCCGCGGGCGCGAUGGGUACGACUUCGACGAGAACUGCCUGCGCGUGGAGCUUGCACACGGCGGCCGCGAAGGGGGCGGCGGGUUUGGGGGCGGCCGAGGGAGGGGGGGGGACUUUCCAGCGGAGGCGGUCGCGCCGAACAAACCUCGUACAGCAUUUCCAGUGCGUGAGGAUCACCAGGGAGGCUCCAGUGCAUCUGCCGACGAAAAGCUUCGCAACGCAGAACGCUUGUCGAAUUUCAGAUUCGAACAGAAUUCGUGGUGUUACCGACGACCAUCGGAUCGACCGUGCAUGUCGAGCAGCAUGAGCGGGCGGUCGCACCGCACGGUGUAUGUGGGCAACCUGCCUGGCGACACGCGCGAGAGCGAAGUGGAGGACCUUUUCGCCAAGUACGGCAAGAUCCUCGAUAUUGAGCUCAAGCUCCCGCCCCGGCCCCCUGGCUUCGCGUUCGUGGAGUUCGCGGACCCGCGGGACGCGGAGGACGCCAUUCGCGGGCGCGACGGGUACGACUUUGACGGGAACCGCCUGCGCGUGGAGCUCGCGCAUGGCGGGCGCGGAGCAGGGGGCGGGUUCGGGGGGGGGCGGGGGGGGGACUUCCAGCGCGGACCGUCGCGGCGAACCGAGUACCGCGUCAUUGUGAAAAAUCUCCCCACCUCCGCUUCCUGGCAAGAUCUCAAGGACCACAUGCGGCGGGCGGGCGACGUGUGUUUUGCGCAGGUCUUCAAGGAGAGGGACGGCAUGAUGGGCAUAGUGGACUACAGCAACGAGGAGGACAUGAAGUAUGCGAUCCGCAAGCUAGACGACUCUGAGUUCAAAAACCCCUUUUCCCGCGGCGUCUACAUUCGAGUGCGUGAGGAGAGCAAGACGGGUCGCGACCGCAGCCGGUCACCUCGUCGCCGUGAGCGGUCCCGGUCCCGCUCACGCUCGCGCUCCCGCUCUGCCUCUGGUUCGCGCUCUCGCUCCCGCUCCAAGUCCAAGUCGCGCUCGCGAUCGCCCAAGAAGAGUGGUUCCAAGUCGCCCUCUCGCUCGCGCUCUCGAUCCAAGUCCCCUGCCAAGUCCCCUGAGCGUGCUCGCUCUCCUGUGAGCCCUCCUUCCCCUCCCUUGCCGUGCUCUGCUUGA